AUGCGGAUCCAUCGUCGUGAUCGAACCUAUUGGAGAUCAGUCUUGGGGAUUUUGGAAAGUUUGAUUAUGGCUUGUCUCUUGUUUGGUUUAAUUUGUGCAUUGAUUGCAUCAAAUCUAUGGACAGAACAAGCUAAUUGGCUAUCACAAGUUUGUUCGGAUUCUACCAGCAAUACUUAUUGUUGCAAUUUCACAAGCAAUUUCUUCAAAUUCUUCUCAGCAAGCACAGUGAAGAUAGCGAGCAUCACUAUUUUUGCUUCUUGUCUUUUUAUUAUCAUUGUAUUCUACUUAACUCAUACCUUCCUUGGUUUACGCAAACGAAAAACUUGGAAAAUAAUCACACGACUUAUCGCUGCUAUUUUCACUCUCUUGUUUCUGUCGAUCUUAGCUAUCUCGAUAUCUGCUAUCUAUCGUGAAUCACAAUUCGGUAAUCAAUACACAUCGACUAGUUCUUCGAGAGUCCAAAUAGGUGCCGCUUAUGCGAUGGCUAGUCUUGGCCUGAUCGCUGCAUCUCUUCUCCUAAUUGAUAUUAUUUGCCGUUUAUUAACUAUUGGAUCAGUACAAAAACGACAACGAAGACGAAAAAGACGUGUUAAUGUUAUAUCUUAG